CUUGCAGGUAUCAACUCUUUCUCAACGCCUGUGGUCUUUGCGCGCCGAGGGAAUCUGAUGUCCUCCAUGGGAAACAUACGGUUUCGCUCGAAAUGCAUCCAGUGAGAAUCCAGAUGUCAGGCCUUCAAAUCACGAACAGUGUCCCAUUUCCUGCGCCAUCUUCCCGACGUCCUUCAUAAACGGGCUUCGAUGAGCAGAAGCACACACUGCGGUACUCCCUGCUAAUGCUUCCAUUCAAUAUCUCCGAGCCCACGCACCGCGGCCGCCCCUCCCUCAACCUUCUGGCGCGCAACAUCUUCCGGCGCUACUGGCCUGUCAUCAUCACCCUGACCCUCGUGGCACUCUAUUACGCCUCCGCCUAUGCCCCGCGGCGCUACCAGCUCAGCCGUAUACCCUCCUCCUUCUUCAGGUCUCCACGGCCGCAAGGCGGUCCGCGCCCGCCCCCGAUACCCGUUGUGGACGCGGGCGACGUGUGGGGUGCGCGGGCCCACGAGGUCCGGGAAGCUUUCGUGCACGCGUAUGAGGGAUAUAGGGCAUAUGCUCUGCCCGCAGACGAGGUGCGGCCGAUGUCCGGCGGGUCGAUCAACAACUUCCAUGGAUGGGGCGUGACGAUGUUCGACUCGCUCGACACGAUGUGGCUGAUGGGGCUGGAGGACAUGUUCUUUGACACGGUGCGGGAGUUGCAGGACCAGCAGUGGCGCACCCCGCGUGCCCAUUUCUUCGAAGUCGUCAUCCGGUACCUCGGCGGCGCUCUGUCUGCUUAUGCACUGUCGGAGGACCCGAGACUGCUCAAACUUGCGGACGAUCUGGGCACGAAACUGCUCCCUGCCUUCGACACUCCGACGGGGUUUUCCGUGCAUGGGGUCGAUACCGAGCUGGGCCGAGCCAAAGGGGGUGAAGGGCCGUUUCCAGAAUCAUGUCUGGCGGAGCUAUUCAGCAACCAGAUGGAAUACAAAUACCUCGCGCAUCUUACUGGAAAGGCCAAGUACUUUGAGGUGGCCGAGCGGCCCAUGCGAGUGAUUUACCCGCCAGAGAAGACACUAUUCGACGGCCUACUUGCGACGACAUGGAAGGUGAACACCGCAGAGCCAAAUCUUUCCGACUUUACCGCCGGAGGAUGCGCUGAUUCCGCAUACGAGUACUUCUUGAAGCAGUGGCUCAUGUCAGGGAAGACGGAGCCCAGGACACGAGAACUCUACAUUCGCAGCGCGAAUGCGAUCAUGGAGCAUCUGCUCUAUGUCGGGUCCAAACGGCAACUGCUGUACGUUACGGACCUGCGCCGAGGCAAGCCGACGAACCGAUUCCAGCACCUGUCCUGUUUCUUGCCAGGGCUAUUUGCCCUGGCUGCGCACCCGAGCUCUGGACUCAAUCUGUCAGACACGCAACUAGAGCGACAUCUAUGGGCUGCGGAAGGUCUGGCAGAGACUUGCUGGGCGGUGUACGGUGAUACUACCUCUGGACUGAGUCCGGAUUCGUUCAGGAUGGAUGCGGAGAACGAACGGUGGACUGUCUUGCUGCGACAAUGGGAUCGCGAUGAAAGAGCCGGACCGGCUCCUGGGACUAAGGGCGUCGAGCUGCAGCGUGAGGCGGGAAAUCGGGGGUAUGUGGCGACCGAGGACGCGUAUCUGCUUCGUCCAGAAGCCGUCGAGACUUUCUAUGUUAUGUGGCGGACAACGGGCGAGGUUAAAUGGCGAGAGCGUGGCUGGUCCGUCUUCCGGUCUCUGCAAAAGUACACCCGCGUCAAGCACGGAUUCACGACUGUUCGGCACCUGGACGAGAUUCCUUUCCAAUUCGACGACAUGCCCAGACCGGACGCACACACUCUCUCAAUGGUAGAAGACAAAUACAUCGGACUCGCUCUGGCGGUGUCCAGCUCCGCCGCUAUCGGCACCAGCAUCGUCAUCACGAAAAAGGGCCUCACGGCGGCAGCGAAUGCCGGGUCGGGCUCUGAGUUCUCCUACCUGCGGAAUCCUAUAUGGUGGGCGGGAAUGUCAACUCUUAUCAUUGGCGAAGUGGCCAACUUUGCGGCGUACUCGUUUGCACCGCCGGUGCUGGUAACUCCGCUCGGUGCCCUCAGCGUGCUUAUAGGCGCCAUCCUUGCCUCUUUCCUGCUCAACGAGCAGCUGGGUCAUCUGGGCCGAGUAGGAUGCGCAUUGUGUCUGCUUGGCUCGGUUAUUAUUGUGCUACACGCGCCAGAUGACAGGCCAAUCGAGACUAUCACCGACUUUUUGAAUUACGCGAUGAAGCCUGGCUUCCUAAUGUACUGCUUCACCGUCUGCGCACUCGCCAUCUUCCUCGCUUAUGCCGUCGCACCGAAGCACGGACGCACCAACCCUACGGUUUACAUCUCGAUCGCGUCGAUCGUUGGGUCGGUGUCGGUCAUGUUCAUCAAGGGCUUUGGUGUCGCGGUCAAGCUGACCUUCGCGGGCAAGAAUCAAUUCGUGUACCCCAGCACGUUUGUCUUCGGGCUGAUUUCGGUCGGGUGCAUCGUCAUCCAGCUCAACUACUAUAAUAAGGCGUUGGAUCUCUUCUCGGUCAACAUUGUCAAUCCGAUGUACUACGUCGGCUUCUGCAGCGCUACGAUCGUUGCUUCGUUGAUUCUGUUCGAAGGGUUCAACACGACAGAUGCCAGCAAUACGUUCUCGUUGCUGUGCGGAUUUAUCGUCACCUUCCUCGGCGUGCACAUCCUCAAUCUGUCGAUGCUGGAGGAGUCCGCGCAGGCUGUGGAGGAGGGACGCGAGGACGCGGCGGGCUUCGAAGGGCGGCUCUCGCUCGACGGAUGGCACGGCAUCCAGCGUGAGGGGCACAACGCUAUGGGCUUGUCGUCCCCCCGCGGACUGGGCCACGCGCGGCGCAGCUCGCUGUACCGCAACCCCGCUGCGACGCUGUUCAAUGCUUACGACCCGGCGGGCGGUGCCGACCACGUCGGGCUGCAAGAUUUGCGGGAGGAGGACGACGACGAGGGGUGGAACUCGACUGAGCGGACGUCGCUGAGGACGCCGCGGUCUGCGAAUCACCACCACACGCCGAAAACACCGUCGCUGGGCGACAUCCGGAUAAACCCGCGGCCGCUGUAAGUCAGCGAGUACGCGCACUUAGACUUGGAACUCUGUAUACGAUACGAUACCUAUCUUGCUGUGCAAAUGGACUCCGCUAUUCACGAAUACUGUAACGCGUAAUAUGAGCUGCCUUGGAUUGCGUCGAUCGUCUCUAAAAUGGGUACGUGGGGGGAUACAUACAUAGUACAAGUGCUUGUAGGGUAUUAGAUCAGGAUUACAUGGAUGCCAAGUCCACGGGGAGCAUAGGGUUCCUCUCGCUGUAGUGAGCAGUAGAGAUGCGGUUGCAGAAUAGACGUCGGAUCCAGUCCAGCGGAGAUUAUCAGGACCGGCGGGGUCGGGGUGUCGUUGGGGUCUGCUCCUCAGCCGUGGCGUUCGUGUGUGCCGGACCCGGGCUCCUCACACGACCGUCUUCCUCGCCGCGCGUCGUUCCCGUGCAGUCACCCGCACCCGCACCCUCGUCCAGCUGCGGCACCCCCUCGCGUUCCGGCUGUGGCUCCGGUCCGGCGUCCAGCGCGCGCCGCACGGCGACCGCGCUGAGCUGCGCCUUGUACGCAUCGCGCUCGCCGCGUAGCCGCUCGAGCUCCUUGACGAGGUUGUUGUACCCCGCGCGCUGCUUCUCGAUGAGCUUCCACAGCUGGUCGUUCUUCGUGCUCAGGCCCGUGCGCUCCGAGACCGCCUGGUGCAGCGCUGCCAGCGCGGGGUCCGGGGACGCGGCGUGCGUUGAGAGGAGGCCUGCUGUUGUGAGUGGGGGGAUGGGUUCCGGUGUCAGAGCCAUGGGUGGGGUGCGGCGGUGGGUGGUGGUGGUGGUGGUGUGUUGAGUAGUGAACUGGUGCGGUACGUGUGCUCGAUCGUUAGUGGUUUGUGGAGAGUGUGCUGUGUCGGAACAGAUCAGCCGGUGGGGGUUGGGAGGAAGAAGCGGUCGCUGACGUCGACAAAAAUAGGCGGCGGGCACAGGCUACGCUACCAGGCAACAAGGGUCACAGCGAUCUCCUUCCGUUUGUCAGACGCCUGGGCCCCUGGAUCGUUGUUCCUGUAUUGUACUGUACUGUACUGUCGACACAAUACACACUGCGGGAAGAUGCACAACAGUGUUCACGGCCAUCGCUCGAAACAAUAGCAAAUGCGCUUCGCGGACAUGGGUGUCCGGUGGUGAUGCCGGUGGGCUUGGUCAGAUCGGGGCUGCGAGGCCGGAGGACAGAGUCAGACGCUGGGUCAACGGCAGAGCGAUCGGCUGCAGUCGUCGGUUGUGUAAUGAAGAGACAAGAGUGAAGGCGCGUAGCGGAAGCGACGCGUCACUUCAUUUCCCGCCUUGUGCCCGCAUCACAGAACAUCCUGACACGGUAACAGCUUUUCAACAGCGAGAGAGGCCCUAUCCCCUACUGCCUGCCUCGCUCACAAGCAGAACUUGUUGCUUCCCAAACUCCCAAGCUAGCUAUGGAAGAAAGGCUUGGAGAUCGUCACCAGCGCCAAGGAGAGUGGUCUCCCAUCACCCAUUUCGGCGCACCCGGCCCGGGAGUAAACCAAAAUGAAAACCUACUUUCGAAGCUGACGUCAGCGCGGUGUCGUUGAAAUUGACCUGUGUAGCAGAUAUGAGCGAAGACAUAGCUUUCUGAGAGUCAGUCAUUCAUUCCCUUAGCUCCACGAUUUGAUUGAAAAUUCGAUGAAAUUUUAAGUUCG